GGAAUGUCAUUGAGGCUGCGCGAGUCAAAGAUGGCUGCGUCCAUAGCGGCCGCUUCUUGCCGAGCGCUGCGAGGUCGCUGCGAACCAAGGUGGCUACUCGGGUGGGGGCGGCAGCUGUGCAGCGGAGGGAGGCGCGCGGCAGCCGACGCGAGGACGAGCUUUGGGUUCCAGACUGUGACUGAGGCGGAGAAGGGAGAGAAGGUUAACCAAAUAUUUGAAAAUGUGGCUAAGAAGUAUGAUAUAAUGAAUGAUGCAAUGAGUCUGGGGAUCCAUCGAAUCUGGAAAGACAUCUUCCUGCACCAUAUGAACCCAUAUCCAGGAACCCAGUUGCUUGAUGUCGCUGGAGGGACAGGUGACAUCGCCUUUCGAUUUAUAAAUUAUGUUCGUUCCCAGCGAGAGCAUCAGGUCCGACAGAAGCUGAGAACACAUCAGAAUUUAUCAUGGCAGGAAAUUACCAAACUUUACCAGGAAGAGGAGCAAAAAUCAUUGGGGGACUCCCAUGUGGUGGUCUGUGACAUUAAUAAAGAAAUGCUGAAAGUUGGAAAGCAGAAAUCUCAACGUCUUGGUUAUUCUGAAGGAUUGUCCUGGGUGCUUGGGAAUGCAGAAGAACUGCCCUUUCAGGAUGACAAUUUUGAUGUUUACACAAUUGCCUUUGGUAUCCGGAACGUAACUCAUAUUGACCAGGCACUACAGGAAGCUUAUCGUGUCUUGAAACCAGGAGGACGGUUUUUGUGUCUCGAAUUCAGUCAUGUCAACAAUUCCCUGCUUUCCAGCCUCUAUGAUCUGUAUAGCUUCCAAGUUAUCCCUGUGCUGGGUGAGGUGAUUGCUGGUGACUGGAAAUCCUACCAGUACCUUGUAGAAAGCAUCAGGUGUUUUCUUACCCAGGAGGAAUUCAAGGAGAUGAUGGAAGAUGUGGGCUUCAUGAAAGUGGAAUAUCGAAAUUUGAGUUCAGGCAUCGUAGCCAUUCACUCUGGCUUCAAACUGUGACAUUCAGGAAAAGCAUUUCAUGACAGAGAAUACAAACCCCAUCAAAACAGAUUCAUGAAAGAUUAUCUGUCUGAAGAAUCAGUGCUUCAGGUCUCGAGAGUUUUUUUAAUUGGAGCUGUACAUAUUUAGGGCAUCUUUUCAUCCUGCCUGGUGAUGAUGCAAGGGCUUGCAUUAAUCUCUUGAACAAGGGGCUUGAGUUUUUAUAUCUGAUAUUUUUUUAUUCAUUUGUAGAACAAAAGCUUCAUUUGUCUGCUCUUCAAACUAUCUUUUAGUACAAUCCUAAGCAAAAGUUACUCCAGUCUAAACCUAUUGACUUCAGUGGGUUUAGACAGGAAUAACUCUGUUUAAGACUACAGUUAGUGUAGUAGCAGGUGGAAAAUGAGAUUAAAAUAGUGUUCAAAUCAAAGGUCUGGAUUUACCAAUCACCCACCUGUAAGAUUGUGGCAGACAGCCACAUCCCUCUUAUGUUUGUUCUAUACUAAAUCCUCCCCCCCCCCCGCCCCCAGGAAAAUUAGGUUCCAAAGGUGUUUGGCUGCUGAAUAUGGAAUGGGUGGGUUGUGAAAGGGAAGGGACUCUGGGUGUUUCAUAGAAAUACAACAAAUGAGGUACUGGAUACAGAAUUCAGUUCCUCAGAACUUUAGGAAAGUGUACAGGUAAUGAUGACUGAACAAGGUAUCAUCUCUUUGCCCAGAAUUAUGUAGGAACAGAUAAGCAAAUUUGUAUGUUGAACUUUUUUUGGUACACCGUUUCAAUGUAACAGAGGAGCCAUUAUGGCAGCUAUGCCCUCUAGGACUCUAUACCCCUUCUUGCGGAGUAAGUUUUUUUCACAAGGCCUGUGAAAAUCUUCCAAAACAGUUAAAUAAAACUGAAAUAGUUUUUUUUUUUUUAGAAGCUGGGUGUGGAUCAGGUAAUUUUUUCUACUGAUUUAUAGCAAGCGAAGGGCAAUGUUUAUGCAAGGAGGCCCUUAGUAACUUUAGCAGUUGCCACUAUGACCAAGCAGUCUUCUUUCUCCCUGUCCCUCCCUGCAUACAGUCCUUUAGGCUUGCAGCAGCUUAGCUUAUCAGGGAGGUGAGGACUUCUUUCUAUCAGAAUAUAAGAGAUUCCACCAAGGUGCUGCAGUUUUAUUAUUCAGUAGUUUUGGUGUAAGUAGGUGGGAUGAGGGUUCUGGUAUAGGAUUUAAUACUUUUCCACUUUGAACUACUGUGUGGCCAUCUAGGGAAAACAUGAGAAAUAAUUUCAGGGGCUUGGAUGUGUGUGUUGAGAAACAACUGUGAUGCAGCAUGGCUGCUAUUUUGAGCAAUAAAACACAUUCUUCAAAAUCUUCCAUUGGGUAACCUACAGAUCCGCUAAGCAAGCUGCAGCAUAGUCUUCAUUGAUUGGCCCAUAAUUACCACUCUUUUAGCUGAAGGCGAAAGCUACCUGUUCAAGUAAAGAAUUUACAUGUUAAAAGUUGCCAUUUAAAGGCACGUUCUACACCUUGUUUCUUGGCUACUCCAGCCUAGGGAAAGAACUCUGGGUUUUACUACUACAGGCAAAGUGUUAUCUAGCCAUCAGUAUGCCUAUGCUAUUAAAAUAGGUGUACAACCAAUUUUAAUUAGGUACUGUUCCCCUACACCCCCAAAUUUAAAAGUAGGAGCCCAGUUUACAGUCUAACCACAAACAGCUCCAUGAAUUGGUUGUCAUCCUGCAUUAACUUGAGUGGACGGGCUACUUUUAAUUAACUUUUCUGUGUGCCUAUCAUUCUAAUUGAACAUGGAAAGAUAUAUUAAACAUGUACUUUGGCUAGACA